GCUUCACGAUAGAUUCCAGAAGCUUAUAAUGAUUAUGGUUUCUUGUGCCUGGAAGUUGUUGAUUUCUCUAUUCAUUGGCCCCCUCCCUUUAUCUUCUCAGUCAGCCUCAGACUCUGAUAUUCAAAAUUUGAUUUGUUCAGAGUUUCUUUUGAAAUUAAAAAGCUUGUCCUUAGCCAAACUAUACAAAAUGAUUUGGUACUAAGCACCUGAGCCUAAAUCUGUUUCAGAAGAGGUUUGUCAGAGGCAUUCUCUGAGGAAGAUCUGUCUUCCUGUUUAUUUCUUUUUGUUUCCUUUUAACUAUUUUCAGUCAGGAGACUUAGCAAAUCAAACAGCUGUCAAUUAAUGAACCAAACUUCAAUUCUUCCUAUGAAAGAUAUAGAUUUUUAGAUUUGUACUUCUGACACAACCCCAAAAUGGUAGAGUUUGAUAUAAACACUAUUAUUGUUCAUCUUUAUUUUCCCUAUGCUUAAAAAUCUUUGUAAAUGCAUCUAUCAUCACACUUUAAAUACUAACUGUAUUUUACAAAAUAUCUGAAGUAGACCAAAGAGUGAUACUUUUUUUUCUCAAAAAGGGGUCUCAAAAUAGGGUUGAAGUCUCUUGUACACAAUUUCUUAAUAAAUUGUGUCAAACCAGGUAUGUCAGAUAUCCAGUGUGUGACCCCUUGUGCAGGUACUAAAACACGCUCUGCUGGAUGCUCCUGAAAGUCUUCAGCUGAAUUUUAUAAUCCACUGAGACUUGCACUUGAGCUAUGGAAUCUCUUCACUGUAUAUAACUGAUACUCAUUCCUCAAGCUUUGGGACUGCAAGACUAACCAUUAAGCAAGAAAAUAAUGUUAAGAAUUCUAAAAAUAAAUGUAAUUUUUUCAUUUUCAUAUGGAUAUUUAUAUAGUCUUGUAUUUUCUCCCUCGUAAGAACUGGUACUUCCUGCUUGCUGUUUUCUGUGAACGGUGUCCAGACCAGUGAAUACCCAUAUGUAAGAUACAGACUUUUUCCAUUAUUAUAAUUUCCAGUUUUUAUGAUGAAUGGCAUCCAUUAGUCUUGAGACCUUCCCAAAGAAGCAAUAUUUUUGCUAAAUAUAUUGCAGAUUUUGCACAUUUUAAAUAAUACCAAUGUCUGUAAAGGGAUAUUAAUGUUUUCUGUUUAGCUUGCAGAAUUUUCAGAUCUUGAAGUAGUGUCCUGGAAUUGCGAGGGAGGAAGGGGGGAGAAUGCCAGUAGGAUAGCAGGAAAAGUACUUAAAAUCAAAUGGGCAGAAGGAAGUGUCUUCAUUGUAAAGAAAUGACCGUGCUUAACCUAUGAAUAGUGUCAGGAUUGCUGGGUGCCAUGCAUUAUGAGAAAUAAGUAUUACAGAGAAGAUGGUGAACUAGAAGAUGGUGAAAUUGAUGAUGCAGGAUUUGAAGAAGUUCAGGAAGAACAAGAUACAAAAGGGGAGGAUAAACAGAAAACUGAAAAAACACAUAGGAAAUCACGGAAGAAACGCAAAAAAGAAAAGGAAAAGAAAAAAUCAAAAAGGAGGAGACGGGAUAAACAUAAGCAUAAUUCACCCUCUAGUGAUGACAGUUCAGACUACAGUCUUGACUCCGACAUUGAACGUACAGAAAGAUCACAUAAGAAGGGGAGCAGUCUGUACAGAGAUUAUGAUUCUUCAUUCCUUCAGCAUGGACAUUUAUCAGGAAAUUACAUGCCUUCACAAAAGACACAACAUAGUAAAAAAUUAAAAAGUAAGGAGUAUGAUGAAUAUGGCAACUACAGCGAUGAAAAUUUUGGUAGCUAUAAUGAGGAAGAAAAGUUGGAAGAUUUUGCUGAUCAGUUGAAACAAUACAGACAAGCUAAAGAAACCUCAAAUACUGAUUUAGGAGCUCCAUUUCCUAAAGAACCAGUGAAAAAGCAGGGAAUGAAAGGAAUUCAAAAAGGUAUAGCACAAAGGGGUAAUAAUUUUAAUGUUGGUCGAGGGCGUGGUAUUCAGAAGAAAUUGAAGCGCAAAGAUCGUGGAAGGGGAAGAGGGGCCAAUAAAGGAUCAGAUGGCUUUCAAGAGGACGGCAAACCAGUGAAGAAAUGGGUGAAUAUGAGUCAAGAAUUCAUAAAUCAACACACAGUGGAACACAAAGGAAAACAAAUUUGUAAAUAUUUUCUUGAGGGGAGAUGUAUUAAGGGAGACCAAUGUAAAUUUGAUCAUGAUGCAGAAAUAGAAAAGAAAAAGGAGAUCUGCAAGUUUUACAUACAGGGUUAUUGUACCAAAGGAGAAAAUUGCAUUUAUAUGCAUAAUGAAUUUCCUUGCAAGUUCUAUCAUACAGGAGCAAAAUGCUAUCAAGGAGAUAAAUGUAAAUUUUCUCAUGCUCCACUAACUGCAGAAACAAAAGAACUACUGGAUAAGGUUUUGAAUACAGAAGAAGAACCACAAAAUGAAGAUGAAAAAGAGCUGGAGGAGCUCAGAAAGCGUGGUAUAGUUCCUCUUCCCAAACCACCUCCAGGAGUUGGGCUUUUACCAACACCACCAGAGCAGUUCUCAUUUUCUGAUCCUGAUGCAGAAAGUUUUCAAGAUCCUUCUGGUGAAUUCAAGAAAAUUCCAUCUCUGUUUGAAAUAGUUGUGAAACCAACUGUGGAUUUAGCACACAAAAUUGGAAAAAAGCCACCAACUUUCUAUAACAGUGCAUCUCCACCAAGGCCACCAUUUCAGGGAAAUGACCCACAUUCUCAGCACAUGUAUAAUCCGGGGUCAAGUCCAGGGCCUGGAUCCAGCAUGUCACAAGGACAUAACGGACCAGCAAUACACCCAGGUUCGCCUGGGCAUCAUCAAUGUUCAGGUCCUCAAGGUCCAGCAAUGCCUCAGAGCCCACCUUUACAGCCUGUUCCACCAGGCUUUUUAGGACCACAAAGUCAAGUUGGCAUGCCUAUCCAAGCACAACAAGCGGGUCCACCUUUAACACCUCCAGGAAUUGGUGCAUCAUACAACACUCCAGGAGUUCAAGGACAUAUGGUAAACAUGCCCAGAGAGAAUCAUUGUCCACCAGGUGCACCAUAUCAGCAGAUUCCGGGUGAACGCCAGCAGAAUAUUGGUUAUGAGUCUAUUCAGAAUCCAGCUGAUUUCUAUGACAAUUACUAUUCUCAUCAAGCUGUACAUAACUUUCAGCCAACCAACAACAGUGGUGAUGGAGUAUGGCAUGGAGAUUUUACAGAUCAUCCAGCUCACCUUAUUGCUCAGGAUUCACAUAAGAGUGGAAGUGAGUCAGAUUGCAUCAGUAAAGCAGGCCAUAAACCAGCUAUUAAUGUACCAGAUUUUCUUCCAGCAAUGCAGAAAGCCCUUUUCGUGAGACUUAGUCAAAAACAACAAGAAGAUGGAGAAUCAGUCAGCAGUCAGGUUCAGAGGACAAUGAGCAAGGAAGAAGAUGAUAAUGUAAACUGGUAUUCCAGUAGUGAAGAGGAAGAGGGAAGCAGUGUUAAAUCAAUAUUAAAAACCUUAAAGAAACAAAGUGAGAAUUUUAGGAAUCGGCAACAACAUUCCACAGAUCAGCAUAUGCUCAGUGUUCCUACUGACCCACGGCUUGCUAAAGAGAAGGCCGUAGGAAAUCAAGCUGUUGACCCAAGGUUGAGGUCCACUCCGAGAUCAAAUACUAGAAAACCUUCCGAAUCGGCAUCAUUAGACCCAAGACUUGCGCGGGAUCCUAGAAUGUUGAGGAUUAAUGAAAGUGGACACGCAAGUUCUUCGGUUGUGGGUGCAAAGUUAGAUUUACAUCAUACGCAUUCCGGAGUUAAAGUCAAACAAAAAGGAAUGGAUGAUGAUGAAGAGGAUACGGAAAGAGAAUUGAGAGAGCGAGCUUUUCUAAUUCCUUUGGAACCUUUACCUGGUGUAACAUUAAGGGAUCCAAGAUCUCAGCUUAGACAGUUCAGCCACAUUAAAAUGGAUAUUAUCCUGAUAAAACCAAACUUUGCUAAGCAUAUUGUAUGGGCUCCUGAAGACUUGCUUCCAAUACCCUUACCUAAACCUGACCCAGUCUCUUCAAUUAAUUUACCUCUUCCUCCACUUAUAGCUGACCAGAGGCUUAAUAAAUUACGGAAUUUGAAAAAUGAUCCGCAUCCAAAUGCAAUGCCAGCUGACCCAAGACUAGCAGCAAAAGUGAAAAAUAGCAUAACAAGCAGAAGUGGCUUUUUGGACCAAUCUGCAGAGUCACAUGCCAGUAGUUCAAGCAAACUGGGAGAUCCCCGCUUACAAAAAAACGUUGAUCCCAGACUCCAUAGACUGUCUAGUACAGACACUCACCAUGGAAUCGCAAAGGAUUCUCAUCCUCCAAAAUUUGACCCUCGUCUAGCCAGAUCUGGUAUUGGUUCAUCACAGUCCUCAGAAGCUGUGACUUGUAAAUCUGACCCAGACAUUCUGCCUCCAUAUGCACCCAAGCUAUCAUCAACUGGUGUUAGACUGGGAACUCCAAGCUCCAUACUUAGUGGUAUUAGUUUAUAUGAUCCAAGAGACCACAGUUCAUCAAUAGACACUGCUCCAAGUAAUUCAGGAGAGAAUGGAGAGAACCAGAAAAAAAGUAUUCUGAAAAACACUGUAAAAAAUGAGCCUAGUCUCUCAGAAGAUACAUUGCCACAGAAGACUGCCUCAAACGUGGAAAAAACUACCGAAGCAUCAGCAGAGGCCAGUUCAGAUAAAGCAAAUAGCAUCAGUAAAUCUCAGGCUAAGCAUUCAAGCACUGCACCAGCAGUGCAUAAUCUUCCCAUCCAAGCAUUGUCAGGAUUGAUCAGACCGCAGUACAGUGAUCCAAGGCAAGUUAGACAGCCUGGACAGGUUAAUCAAAUGCAGGAUAAUGAUCCAAAUGGGGAAUCGGAUGAUAAAUCCCUAAAAGAUGUUUUCAAGACCUUUGAUCCAACUGCUUCACCAUUUUGUUAGCAACUGAGUUCAGUCUUUUUACUGUUGUGAAUAUUGCAGUUUUCUGCUAUUUUGUAACUGGUUUACCUCUUUGCUUUAUUUAUUUUUAAAUUAUAAUUAUCAACACUUUUCAGCUGCUAAUCUCAGAACCACAUGCGGUUAUACAGUAUGCUAUAGUGUUUGCAAAGCUGUGGUAUUUUCUAUAUUAUACUUUUCCAAUUUCAGGGAGAUUAAUUGACAUGUAGAAAAAGACAUGUAUCAUGUUAGACCUGAUAAAAGCACUUUCAUUGUAAAUAAGUCAUUAAGAAUUCAACUCCGAAGACCUUGUAUAUGUGUAAGUUGUCUCUUUCAUAAUCAACAUUUAGAUAUAAUGAUUGCCACUUUUGUAUGAUUGUAUAGGUUCAAGCAAUAUGAUGUACAUUACUGUGAGAGACACUAUUUAAGACGAGGAUUGUCUGACUUACCAAGCCAAACCUACUAACUGAAAUAUACAUAGAUGAUGUAAGAGGAAAAUGUUGAUCCUCCUUUUCAGAGCAGUGGAUGUAAGACAUUGUUUUUAUUCAUGCAGUCAAUAUUCUUAGUGUAAAAGAUACCUAUAUCACUUAUUGCGGAGUUAAAAUGUCAUAUCUUUAAAAGUAUUUUAUUCUAUACUGUAAAUAGAAGAAAUUGUGAAGUCAAUAACUAGAAGAACAUUACAGUUAAAGUAGAGAAUACUUAAGUUCUCUAAUACAAAAAAGUUUUUAUUUAAUUUUUCACACAUACACAAUUCUGACUUAGUGUGAUAGGUUACAUUGUGGUGUUCAUGUAUUGCAAUGUAUUUUUGUAUUCAGAUGCUUAAUUUGUAUUGCUUUUUUGUAUUGAUGUAACUGCAGUACUUGUAUUCAUUGUGUCUUUAUGACAUUUUUAACAAAAAAAUUAAAAAAGGGUACAAUUAAAGUCUAGUAGUGACUAUUAAACUAAUAAAUUACCAGAGAGUUGGACUGUGGGAAAGCAGUAAUAGAAAAUGUCUGAAGCAGAGAUGAUAAUCAAAUAUGCUGUAAAAUACUCAGCUGCCACAAGAAGGUACUGCAACAGGAUCUGGCUGUACUCUCAUAGGCAAAACUCCCAUUAACUCCAAAGGGACUAUUAAUUGAGCAGUGUCAUCAAGAUCAAGCCCUUCAUGUUGCACUCUUUCUCUUGCGCAUGUGUGUGCGCACUCUUUCUCUCUCUCUCUCUCUCCCGUACUUGCUUACGUUCUUUUUAACUAAAUAUAGCUAGUCAUCAAAGGCAUGUACCAUACAGAGUGCCAGGUGUUAUCAUGGGUCUUUCACCCAUGAGGAUUUAGUAGCUCAGACCACAGCUGACUUCAAUUCUCCUUGGUUCUACCCUUUGGGCUGUCUUUGUGUAUGGCUCUGUUAAAUCUACAGUAAUUGGUCUUAAAAGUAUAAAAAAAGACAGUAUUUUUACAUCUCUUUUGCAGGUAUCACCUGCUACUAGAUGUCCUGGUCUACUCUUUCCCAAUGUAAUUCUUCUUUGGAUUCUAUUCCCUUCCCUUUUCUUUUAAUGUAUUUGAUUGAGAUGACAAUCACGGCUGAGACGUUGUUCAUAGAUGAUCAUGUUAAUUGUACCUAUGCAGUAACUUGGAUACAGAGUCAAACAAUCUUGUUUCAUGAAUGGAACAGAAAGGAUCAAAAUGGUAGUCUGAUGAUAAAUGCUACCUUUGUGCAAGUUGAUUAGUUACUAGUUGAUUAUAGGAAUUUAACUGCUCAUUUUGAUUUCCUGGUUAGUUUGUUGUUAACACUAUAUUAACAAACUGUUAACACAGUAUUAACAAACUAGCACUCUUCAAAAUUAAUGCGACUUACAACAAUUGUGCAUUGUCCAUUUGAUAUGAAAAUAUAAGAACAUAAAGAAUUGUCAUUUACUGGGCCAGACAAUAGAUGUAUCUUGCCCAGUAUCCUGUGUCGCACAGUGGCAGAGAGUGGAUGCUGAAAAGGAGACUGAAUUGGGUAUAACCAGGGUAAUUUUUUCCCCACUGUUCCUCUCACUUGCAGCCUCCAGCAGUUAAAGUUUAGGAAGUUCUGGUUCGGAAACUGUACCCCUAACUCCCAUGCUCAAUAGCUACUGAUGCCCCUUUCCUCUAAGAAUUUAUCCAGUCCCUUUCUGAACUGGCUAAACUAUCUGUUUCCAUUUGGUGGCAGUGUGUUUCACACUUUAAUUACACACUGUGUGGAAAAGAACUUCCUUUUGUUAGUUUUAAACUUACUACCUGCUAGUUUCACUUUAUGAUCCCUAGUCAUAGUAGUAUUUAGUAUUGUGUGAGAGGCUGAACAAUAAAUCCCUAUUUACUUUCUCUUCACCAUUUAAUAUUUGUAAAUCCUUAUUGUGUCCCCCUUCAAACCUCUCUUUUCUAAACUGAAUAGGUCUAGCCUCUUUCUAAACUGAAUAGAUCUAGUCUCUCCUCAUAUGGUAGCCCCUCCAUACCACUAAUCAUCUUUGUUACCCUUCUCUGGACCUUUUCUAGUUCUUUACCUUUUUUGAGAUGUGAGGACCAGAACUGGACACAGUAUUCAAGGUGUGGAUGCACCAUGGAUUUAUGAAGAGAUCAUGAUGAUACUUUCUGUUCUGUGUACAGUUCCCUUCUUAAUAAUCCCUAACAUUUUGUUUGCCUUUUUGAUGGCUGCUUAGCACUGAGCUGGUGUUUUUAGAGAACUGUACCACAGUGACUCCCAGAUCUCUUUCCUGUGUGGUAACAGCUAAUGUAGAGCCCAUCAUGGUGUAGGUAUAGUUUGGGUUAUUUUUUACCAUGUGCAUCACUUUACACGUACCUGCAUUGAAUUACAUUUGCCGUUUAGUUGCCAAUUUCUAGUCCACAAGUGGAUGUUUCCCUGUAAUCCCAAGACUACAUAACUUCAUUAAGAGCCUCUGAUGGGGGACCUUGUCAAAAGCUUUUUUGGAAGUCCAAAUAUACCAUGUCAACAAGAUUGCCCUGAUCUACCUGCUUAUUGACAGAUUCACAGAGCUCUAAUAGGUUGGUAAGGCAUGAUUUCCUUCUGACAAAGCUAUGUUGGUUCCUCCCCAGAAAGUCAUGUUCAUCUAUGUGCUGAACCAUUGUUUUUUUUCCUAACUUCUGUGAAUCUGUUUCUACCAAUUUUCCAGGAACCAGAAGUUAGGCUCACUGGCCUGUAGUUCCCUGCAUCCCCACUGAAGCCUUUUUUAAAAUAUGGGAGUCACAUUGGCAACCCUCCAGUCCUCUGGUACCGAGGCUGUGAUAGGUUGCAUGCUCUAGUUAGGAGUUCACCAAUUUCUGUUCUGAGCUCCUUAAGAACCCUAGGGUGAAUGCCAUCAGGUCCUGGUGUGGUUUGCUUCUGUUUAGUUUAUCAAUUUCCUCUACAACCUCAUGUAUUGAAACCUCAGUUUGGGUCAACUCCACUCCUAGAGAGGAGUGGAUAUGGUGACAGAGUUUCCCUAACAUCUUCCACAGUGAACAUAGGUGCAAAGAAUGCAUUUAGUUUCUUGGCAAUGGCCCUGUCAUCCUUUAGUGCUUCUUUUACAAAGGUCCAAAUGACUGCCUGGCAGGGCUUUGGCUUCUAAUGUACUUAAAGCAAUUUUUACUGUUACCUUUUGUGUCUCUAGCAAGUUUCUCCUCAAAUUCAUUCUUGUCUUAUUUCAGUUUUACAUUUGCCUUGCCAGUGUUUAUGCUCUUUUUUAUUUUCUCCAUUAGGAUUUGACCGAGUUUUUUAAAUAAGCCCUUUUUGUGCGUAUUAGCUCUGCUGUUCUGCUAUUAAACCAUGCUGGCUUUCUUUGGGUCGUCUCUCCAUUCUUUUUCUUUUUGAUUUGCAGUAUGCAUUGGCUUUGUGCUUCCAGUAUGGUGUUCUUAAGCAAUUCCCUGCAAGUUCUGCCUGCAAGUUCUUUGUCUCUUUAGGGGACCCUUUUAACUUCUGUCUAACUAGUUUCCUCAUUUUGGUGUAGUCUCCCAUUUUAAAGUUAAGGCCUACUGUGGUAGAUUUUCUUGUCUCCCCUCCUACAUGGAUGUCAAACAUUAUGGUCACAAUUGCUGAGCAGCUCAGUAAUGCUUACCCUUUGCACCAAGUCCUGUGCACUACUUAGGACUAUAUCAAAAAUGGGCUUUUUCCUCUUGUAUGUUUCAAGACUAACUGAUCUAGAAAACAGUCUUUUAUGACAUCAGGAAAUUUGCAUCCCAGCCUGAUUUUAGAUUGGCCCAGUCUAUUUAUGAAAAGUUGAAGUUCCCCUUUAUUACUGUGUUUUCUGCUGUCACCACCUCUCUCAACACCCUUAGCAUUUCUAGCUCACUGCUACCAUCCUGAUCUGGCGAUUGAUAGUAUUUCCCUAGACAUACCUUUUUUUUUCUAUUGAUACCCAGGAUGUCUAUCCACACAGAUUCUAUGGUACCUCUCUUUAUCAGAUGAAAAGUGUAACCUAUUUGAUUCCAUGCAGUCUUUGAUGUAGAGUACCACUUCCCCACCAGUACAGCCUACUCUUAUCAUUUCUGUAUAAUUUGUAUUUUGAUAUUACAGCAUCCUAUUGAUUUUUUUUUUCCCCCUCAUUCCACCAUGUUUCAGAUACCUAUUAUGUCAGUAUCAUUAUUUACUGCUGAGCAUUCAAGUUCCUUCACUUUUGAUCUUAGACUUCUAGCAUUAGUAUAAAAGCAUGUGUACUUUUUAUUGUUGCCUGGUUGGUUACUUCUGUGUGACCUUUUACUCAUUAAAGGUAUUUGCUUGUGCUUGUCUUCA